UCUCCACCUCUCUUGUCAUCAUCUUCAUCACUUUCACCUUAUGGCUUCUUCAUCAGCUCUGGUUUUCCCCCACACCCUCCUUCCUUCUCUUUCCUUAUCGAACUCCAUUAAUGACCUCAUCUUCUUCUGCAACAACCCCACAAGCAAACCUCUUGUUCUUCUCUCAAAACACACAUCAUCCUUCUCCUCACCUUCUUCAUCAAUUUCACCCAUCAAGUGUUCUUCUUCAAUCUCAAGUUUAGUCCCAGAACUCCAUCAAGAGAAUGAACUUGAAGAAGAAGAAAAAACAGACGAACCUCCCUUGCACGAAAUCUGGAGAGAAAUUCAAGGAUGUAAUUACUGGGAAGGAUUGUUAGAUCCCAUGAACGUUCAUCUUCGCAGAGAAAUCAUUCGGUAUGGUGAAAUCGCUCAGGCUUGUUAUGAUUCCUUCGACUUCGAUCCUCACUCUAAGUACUGUGGAACCUGCAAGUACCAUCCUUCCGAUUUCUUCGAGAAGCUCGACAUGGCCGGCGCCGGCUACGCCAUCACUCGCUACCUCUACGCCACCUCCAACAUCAACCUGCCGAACUUUUUCCAGAAGUCAGCGUCGCUCCGGAGCGUCUGGAGCCCCCACGCGAACUGGAUGGGCUACGUCGGAGUCGUCAAUGACGCCGACGAGAUCAAACGGUUGGGCCGCCGUGACAUAGUGAUCUCCUGGAGAGGCACCGUGACGUACCUGGAAUGGAUUUAUGAUCUGAAAGAUAUACUUCAUCCUGCUAAUUUCAGAGAUGGUGAUCAUUCCGUUAAGAUUGAAUCUGGGUUCUAUGACUUGUACACCAAGAAAGAGGAUUCUUGCAAUUAUUGUUCGUUCUCGGCGCGCGAACAGAUUCUCGCCGAAGUGAAGCGGCUUACUGAGUAUUAUGCAGAUGAGGAGCUUAGCAUUACGAUCACCGGGCAUAGUCUCGGAGCCUCGUUGGCGAUUCUGAGUGCUUAUGAUAUAGCGGAGAUGAAUCUGAAUGUGGUGAACGACGGUGGGGUUACCAGAAAGAUUCCGAUCACCGUUUACUCCUUUGCCGGCCCCAGAGUUGGGAACUUGAGGUUUAAGGAACGGUGCGAGGAGCUUGGAGUUAAAGUUUUAAGAGUGAUCAACGUGCAUGAUAAGGUACCAAAGGUGCCUGGAGUAAUAACCAAUGAGAAGUUUCAGUUUCAGAAGUACUUUGAAGACAACUUAUCAUUUCCAUGGAGCUAUGCUCAUGUUGGGGUAGAGCUUGCUUUAGAUCAUACACAAAGCACAUUCUUGAAGCCGACCAACGACAUGGCCUGUGCCCAUAACUUGGAGGCACAUUUACACUUGGUCGACGGCUACCACGGCCAAGGACAGCCGUUUAGCUUGGCCAAUAAAAGAGAUAUCGCACUCGUUAAUAAGAGCUGUGACUUUCUCCGGAAUGAGUAUGAAGUUCCUCCGUAUUGGCGACAAGAUGAGAACAAGGGUAUGGUGAGGACUAGUGAUGGCCGGUGGGUGGUGCCGGAACGGCCUAGAAUAGAGGCGCACCCACCUGAUACAGCUCACCAUCUACAGCAAGUCCUAAAAAGGAACGGUAGUUUUCAAUUGAGUGACACAUGAAAAAUGUGGUUUGGUUUGAAUUAGUUCGGUCUGAAAACUUUGGGUUUGUAUGUAGCUUUUCUUUUUACCACGUUUUUUUUGGUAGUUGAUGCAUGCUUUUUGUAGUGGUCCAUUUGUUAGGUUAACUAAGUGCAAAAGGCUGGCAAGCAUAUUUGUAGACACAUAAGUGCAAAAGGACGAGUUAUCUUUGGUUUGAGGACAUAAAUUCCUUAAAGUCCCAUUUGGUAUGAAGUAUUGAAAAUGAAGGAUAAGGAUUGGGAUUGGGGCUGAAAA